GUCGGUCGAUCGGUGCCUUGCUGAAGAAAGUUCUACUGUGUUUGUGUUGUUGAGGCUCGCUGAGAGCGGCAGUUCGGUUCAGUACAGAGUAGCGUUGUCGUCGCCACCGCUUCUACACAGAAAAGGGGCGGCUACAAACGCUCUGCGGGUAUAGUUCUGUCCGUUGACGCUUGUACUUGCAGAACGACUAGUUAGGGCAGCGCAAGCCGACGCACACAAAACGUUUUCUUCUUCGUGUCCAUUAUUUCGCACCGAGUCAAGCCUUGACAGAACAUCCGGUAAUCGUUUGGACGCGCCUUCGUAAUAGAAGGCAGCAACAGGCCUUGAGUCUGACUGACUGGGGCUGCGAGAAAGGGCCUGCCUACAAAAUGACCCAGUUGGUAGAAGCACGUGUGAUUCAGGUAUCGAAUGUUUCGCCGGCUGUAACUAAAGAGCAGCUGCAGACUCUGUUCUCAUUCGUUGGGACUAUCGACGAUUUGCGUCUUUAUCCAUCGAAGGAGCAUACACUCGACAAUGGCACUCGAUUGUGUUAUGUUAAAUUCGUCGACCGGUCCUCAGUUGGUGUGGCCAUGCACCUUAAUUCGGUGCAAUUUAUGGAGCGGCAGAUUCUCAUCUAUCCAAUGGAAGAUGACCAGGUCCCGGACGAAGAAUAUGCCAUUUUCAAACUGGCGCCUCUCGCGCCUGUGAUGGGUGGUCCUGAAGAGUCAAACGAAGCACCACGCAAGCUUACCAAUGAGUUAAGUACGAACGCCGCUGGAGCCAGGGUGAUAAAUACAAUUGAUCCAACCCUGGCUGCCAAGGGCGCUCCAAACUAUCCCGCUUUACCAGCUGGACUUUCAGAUGAAAAUAUCGAGGAGAUUCGUCGAACUAUCUAUGUAGGAAACCUCGACCCUAAUCUCACAAAUGAGAUGGUCCUGAAGUUCUUCUCCCAAUGCGGCGAAGUGAAAUACGUUCGAAUGGGAGGUGAGUCUGGUGCACCCAUGAAGCACGCGUUUGUCGAGUUCAGCGAACAGCAAACAGUGGGCAAUGCCUUCCAAUUCAAUGGGACACUACUGGGAAGUCGGGCAAUGGUCGUUUCUCAUAGUUCAACGGCUAUUAUCAAACCAAGUCACCAGGCUGAUCCUCGACUUAACGCCGAAACUCUUCAGUCUAAAAGUCAGUCGAACAAAGCUCGCAGCCGAUCACGAAGCCGAACGCGCAAAAGAUCACGCAGUUCAAGCCGUAGUCGUCGAAGAAGGUCGAGAAGUCGGUCGAGGUCGCGCUCGCGAAGCAAAGGCCGACUCAGAAGAAGUCGUUCUAGGGAGAGAAAACGUUCGAGGGAGCGGAAGAGGUCCCGUUCACGCAAGAGGUCUCGUUCGAGACGCCGCUCAAGGUCACGUCGCCGUUCGCGUGAACGCAAGCGUUCAAAGGAUCGCAAGGACAAAGACUCCAAGGACAGCACGAAGGACAAAGGUGGCGACAAGGAUAAGAGUGCUAAGGAACGAAGUGGAGGCCCAAAAACUCCUGAAGGCUUGGGUCCUAAAACGCCUCCUGAUGAUGCUUCAAAAGAAGGGCCCGCCCCUCCACCUGGCUCUGAUUCUGAGAUUCCGCCUCCACCGCUUUCUGAGGACACUCAGGUUAGCUGUACCGCAAGCGAUAGCGGUAGAGACAGAGCUGAGAGAAAGGACAAAGGCAAAGAGCGAGAAUUGGAUAAGGACAAAGACAAAAAGGAUAAACGAAGAAGCAGGUCUCGAUCUCGCGAACGUCGCCGUCGCUCCAGGUCACGUGACCGCCGCCGGCGCAGUGGCUCAAGAGGCAUUAAAAAACGCCGAAGCCGAUCUGGUUCACGUCCCAAGCGAAGCCGUUCAAGAGAACGAAAGAAGAGGCCUUCAAGAAGCAGAUCGCGCUCUCUUGAUCGAGCUGCCAGGGUAAAACGAUCCCGGAGCCGGGAUCGCAAAAGAAAGAAGUCGCGCAGUUUGUCAAGGGAUCGGAAGAGAGACCGCUCCAGGAGCAAAGAUAGGAGGAAAAGAUCUCGAUCGCGAUCAAUGUCAAAAAAACCGCCACCUCCACCCCCGAGGGACUACGAUGAGGAAGAGCGUGAACGAGGCGGGGGUGGUGGUGGAAGUGGAGAAGACCCCCAUAAUCCUGAGGCUGUCGCCCAGUCAAUUCUCGGGCCUAUGGGGCCUAAUGAACCGCCUAGGGAUCACCAACCUCCACCCCCGCCUCCACCCGGAGAUGACAUGGAUCUCUCGGAGUGAUCAUUAAUGAUUUGAAAUAGAUAACUACUCAUUUGUCUUAUGCUUAGUAUCUGGGCGAAUUAACCCCAAAAAGUUUGGGACAUACUGAAGAAGCCAACAUUACCAUUACAUAUAUUUAUUAUUCUUUCGUUUAUUUCUCAAAUGUGACAACAAUGACAUAUUUGAGAGUUAGACUUUAACGUCUAGCGAGGUUUUGGCGAGGCGGAAAACAAUAGGUACGGUAUAAUGUACUCCAACGGCGCUGGCGUUAACUGUUUAUCAACGUAAAGAAUAAUAUUUGAUAUGUAAAAGGCAGGGGAAAUUAAGUAAUUGCACUUGGAUCUAUAAGAUAACACGGGAUCCCCGGUUGAGUUAGGCUCGGUUAGUUUUGUGUUUUUCUACAGAUACUAGUAUACCACACCUAUUGCCCUAUAUAAAGAGUAUAACAACAACCUGUACAUCGGUAUACCAUUGUCUAUAGUCGUUUUAUGUAAGAUGUUCGCUCCUAUUACUUUCCACCGAAAAGCUGCUCAAAGUACGGAGUAACUAAUCUUAAAUGAUCACAAGCCGAGAAGUUACAGGAAAGCAAACUGAACUUAGUUCACACGACCUUAUUAGGGGAUCUGAAUCAGGACUAAAAUUUAGAAAUUGUGGCUACCGUAAUAUAAUUUGUGGAAUCAGUCACCAGUACGUAUUGUCAUUAUGAUAAUUAUUAUUACUCAGGCGUAAAGAAUCUAUACAAAGAGAUGGAUGAUAACUAAAUAAAAAAAAAAAAAGUACACACAAACGCCGACAGAAGGGGGAAGACCCUUGUGAAAAAAUGGACCGUAGGUCUGCUUUCAGGACUAGCAACAGACCAGCAUGUACACGAGAAAUUAAAUUCAAAAAUGUCAUGGAUAAGUGAAAAAUGAAAUAACAGGGCUGUCGUUGUAAUUCGCAAAUUUACAGAAAUAAAGACUAAGCGAAUGUAUACUAUUUUA